AUGGACGCCGCUUACGACGUCGUUCUCCGCACGGGCCUUCCCCCCGGCUGCCACACGGUGUGCUACGCCGAUGACACGUUAGUGGUGGCCGGGGGAACCUCCUGGGAGCAAGCGGUCGCGAGAGCCAAUUGGGCGAUGGUGAGGACAACCCUUAAAUACCUGGGGUUGACCCUGGACGGCCGGUGGGGUUUCGUCGAACACUUCGACGAUCUAGCCCCACGGGUGGGCAAGAGGGCCAAUGCCUUCAGAGGUCUUAUGCCCAACCUCCGGGGCCCGGGUAUAGGUGCGAGAUGCGCGUACAUGCACGCUGUCAUGUCCGGGGCGCUAUACGGCGCUCCGGUCUGGUGCGGGGCGAUGGGGGCCAGCAGCAAGAUUAGAAAACACUUGCACGAUGUGCAAAGGCUGCUGGCCCUAUGCAUUGCGCGCGCAUAUCGCGCCUCUCCUAACGACGCCUUAAUGGUCCUGGCGGGAGUGCCGCCAGCGGAGUUCCUGGCAACGGCUCGAGCAACCCUCUAUGCUCGGGUCAAGGCCUCCCGCCUACGGGGCAACGACAUUGCCCUGAGAACCAUGGCGUCGUGGAGAGAGAGAGCCCGUCGGCGGACGAUCGAGGAAUGGCGCAACCACCUCGUCGAAAACCCGCCGACAGUGGGCACCCGGGUACUGGAGGCCGUCCUCCCCCACCUGGAGGAGUGGGUAGACCGCCCAUGGGGCGGUCUAUCAUACAGGAUAACGCAGGUGCUCACCGGACAUGGUUGUUUCGGGGAGUACCUGUGUAGAAUCCAAAAAGAGCCGACCGCGCGUUGCCACCACUGUGAGGCGGAGGUGGACUCUGCGCAGCACACGCUGGAGCAUUGUCCAGCGUGGGACGAGCUGCGCAGAGUCCUCAUUGACGAAGUCGGGGAAGACCUCUCCUUGAGGGCUGUCGUUGCCAAGAUGGUCCUCAGAAAGAGUUGCUGGAAGGCGGUCGCCUCCUUCUGCGAAUAG